AGGCUGACUGCGUUCAUCAGGCAUAAUUAACAAACACAUUUCUUCAAAAUAAACCAAAUCCCAGCAGCCAUUGAAUUGUUGCUAAAGUUGAUACACAGUUUUAGUUUAUUUUCGUUACACUCCCCUCAGUAUCGGUUCGUCGUCCCUAGAGGCAAAAACACAACAAAUUCCAACGGAUGGUGCCCGGUGAACGGAGCCACAACCUGCUGAACGAAUCGCGGAAAAAUUAUUUUGUAGCACAGAGAAAAAACUGCGUAGCACAGUCCAUAAAAUUGGCUAGCACAGUUAUUUAUUUUAUACACAGAUUAAAGAAAAUUUCUUAGCAUAGAAAAAUUACCAUUUCGUCGUAUUACAUAUUAUUUAAAUCAGGAUCAAAACAAAGGCAACAAAUCGCGGGAGCAAAACAAGAACCAAAAACGUGGACGCAAGCCUUGAGGUGACGGCACUCAGUCAUAGCACUGAGCAACAAAAUCUACGUGGUGGAUUAGUGUGGGGGACAAGAAGAAGCCGGAACUGGAGCCAAAUCCCAGUUGGAAGAUGAGCGUGGACACGUAUGCGCCUAGCUCGGCGCUGUCAUUCCUGGACAUGGAUGAGAAUGAGCUGCUGCGUGGUGCGGACACACAACCCACACAGUAUGAUUAUCGUGAUUUUACGAUGCCCUCGUCAACCCAAGGUGACGAUCAACAGCAAACGCAACCACAGCCAGUAGAGCGGCAGAUCCGUGGCCCUGUUGGCGGUUCACAUCCUCGUUUGGCCAGCAUUACCCAGGAUUUGGCUGAUCUACAAUUCGAGGAGGAAGAUGACGAGGUGGGCAGUAGUUCGUAUGUUAAGGAGUUACCAGCACAUGCCUGCAAGUACUGUGGCAUCCACGAUCCGGCCACAGUGGUUAUGUGCAACAAUUGCAAGAAAUGGUUCUGUAAUGGACGCGGCAGCACGUCUGGCUCCCAUAUUGUCAAUCAUCUGGUACGGGCCAAGCAUCGAGAGGUCACUCUUCAUGGCGAUGGACCCUUGGGCGAAACUAUACUAGAGUGUUAUUCGUGUGGUGUGCGGAAUGUCUUUGUUUUGGGCUUCAUACCGGCCAAGGCUGAUUCAGUUGUCGUUCUUCUCUGCCGUCAGCCAUGCGCAGCUCAAAAUUCCCUCAAAGAUAUGAAUUGGGAUCAAGAGCAAUGGAAGCCGUUAAUAGCGGAUCGCUGUUUUUUGCCAUGGCUAGUCAAGCAGCCCAGCGAACAGGGUCAACUGAGGGCGCGCCAAAUAUCGGCUGCCCAGAUCAAUAAACUGGAAGAGCUGUGGAAGGAGAACAUAGAGGCCACGUUUCAAGAUCUGGAAAAGCCAGGCAAUGACUGCGAACCGGCCCAGGUGUUGUUGCGCUAUGAGGAUGGCUAUCAAUACGAAAAGACCUUUGGGCCGUUGGUUCGUCUAGAGGCGGACUAUGACAAAAAGUUAAAGGAAUCGGCCACCCAAGAGAACAUCGAAGUUCGUUGGGAUGUGGGUCUAAACAAGAAAACCAUCGCCUACUUCACUCUGGCCAAAACGGAUUCGGAUAUGAAACUGAUGCACGGAGAUGAGCUUCGUCUACGUUACGUGGGUGAAUUGUAUCAUCCGUGGAGCGAGACUGGCCAUGUGAUUAAGGUGCCCGAUAAUUUUGGUGACGAUGUUGGCCUGGAAAUGAAGACCUCCUCAAAUGCCCCCGUUAAGUGCACCAGUCACUUUUCAGUGGAUUUUAUUUGGAAAUGCACCUCGUUUGAUCGCAUGGCGCGUGCGCUCCGUAUCUUUGCCAUGGACAGAAACUCCGUAUCGAACUACAUCUAUUCUCGUCUUCUCGGUCACGGACGCCCCGAUGGCACUGAUGAGGUACUCUUUCGUGGACCCCAGCCCAAGCUGUAUUCAGCUCCGCAUCUGCCUGAACUUAAUCGAAGUCAAGUGUAUGCCGUCAAGCAUGCCCUCCAACGGCCAUUAAGUCUAAUCCAGGGUCCACCGGGUACUGGUAAGACGGUGACAUCGGCGACCAUUGUCUAUCAAUUGGUUAAACAGCAUGGCGGCACUGUUCUCGUGUGUGCCCCCAGUAACACGGCCGUCGAUCAGCUUACGGAGAAGAUUCAUCGUACCAAUUUGAAGGUGGUACGUGUGUGCGCCAAGAGCCGUGAGGCUAUCGACUCGCCUGUCAGUUUCCUGGCCCUGCACAAUCAGAUAAGCAACAUCAAGGCGAACACGGAGCUGAAAAAGCUGCAACAGCUGAAAGACGAGACGGGAGAAUUGAGUUCCGCCGAUGAGAAACGCUACAGAAGUCUAAAGCGAAGCACUGAAAACCAGCUGCUCGAGGCGGCGGAUGUUAUUUGCUGCACAUGUGUUGGUGCCGGCGAUGGCCGUUUGUCCCGCAUCAAAUUCACGUCGAUCCUGAUCGAUGAAUCCAUGCAGUCUACGGAGCCGGAAUGCAUGGUGCCCGUGGUGCUGGGUGCCAAACAACUGAUACUCGUCGGCGAUCAUUGUCAAUUGGGUCCGGUGGUCAUGUGCAAAAAGGCCGCUCGUGCCGGUCUCUCGCAGAGUCUCUUCGAGCGCCUGGUCGUCCUUGGCAUACGGCCAUUCCGCCUGGAGGUGCAAUAUCGCAUGCACCCGGAGUUAUCGCAAUUUCCCUCCAAUUUCUUCUACGAAGGAUCACUGCAAAAUGGCGUGUGUGCCGAGGAUCGACGAUUAAAGUUGGAUUUCCCAUGGCCGCAGCCAGAGAGACCAAUGUUCUUCCUGGUGACGCAGGGACAGGAGGAGAUAGCCGGAUCGGGCACAUCGUUCCUCAAUCGAACCGAGGCGGCCAAUGUGGAAAAGAUCACAACACGUUUCCUGAAGGCAGGCGUCAAGCCCGAACAGAUUGGCAUUAUAACACCAUACGAAGGUCAAAGGGCCUAUCUGGUGCAGUAUAUGCAGUAUCAGGGUAGCCUCCAUUCGCGGCUUUAUCAGGAGAUUGAAAUCGCCAGUGUUGAUGCCUUCCAGGGUCGCGAAAAGGACAUCAUCAUCAUGUCGUGUGUACGAUCCAAUGAACGGCAAGGCAUCGGUUUCCUCAACGAUCCGCGACGGCUUAAUGUGGCCCUUACCCGUGCCAAAUAUGGCAUCAUUAUUGUGGGCAAUCCGAAAGUGUUGUCCAAGCAGCAACUGUGGAAUCAUUUACUUAAUUUCUACAAAGAUCGCAAAGUCCUGGUCGAGGGCUCGCUCAACAAUCUGAAAGAAUCGAUGAUUCAUUUCCAAAAACCGAAGAAACUGGUGAAUAAUCUAAAUAUGGGUGCACAUUUCAUGUCCACCAUGAUGGCGGAUGCCAAGGAGGUUAUGGUACCCGGUUCCAUUUAUGAACGAAGCAGCAAUUUCAAUCGACAGAUGGGUCCAUCUCAUCAGCAACAGCUUCCACAACAACAGCAGCAGAAUCAUCAAAAUGGAGGAGGUCCCUUCCAGGCGCAAUCCGCCAUAGGUGGCGGAGGCGGCGGUUAUAAUCUACCCAAUUCCAAUGGGGCAAAUGCCCUAAUGAAUAACUAUCAGGCGUCGUCUAAUAACAACUAUGCCGCAGGAGCGCCCGGUCAAUCGAAUGCCGCCACUUGGCUGCAUCACGAUUCAAUUGGUUAUAUUUCCAAUGAUCAUAAUGCUGCCACUCUUGGCAACAUGCCCGUUCCGGUUGGCAUGUUUAUGAACAUGAGCAAUUUGCCGCCGAGAUUCUACAAUCAGCAUCAGCAGGCCAUAAUGGCAGCCAAACAGAAUCGAGCCAUCCAACAGCAACAGCAGCAGAUUAAUUAUGCCGCAACAAGCGGCGGCGGUGCUGGUAGCGGCGGGGGCACCAGUGGAGGAAACGUAUCCGCAUCUUUGGGUAGCGGAAUAACUACUGCAGUUGGUGGCCACAAAGCGGCCAAGGGACAGAAGCAAGGCAAAUCUCGUACUCCAGCAGCAGCCGGAGCGGCAAAUGCGGCGGCGGCGACGACGACCACCAAUAUGACUUCACCGUUUAGCCAACAGCCAAUGGCUGCCAUGUCGCUACAGAUGACUCAACCGAGCGGGUUUGCUUUGUCUCAGCAACCCGAAUUGUCGCAGGACUUCGGACAAAUAUCCCAAAUGGAUGGAUUGCUCUCCCAGGAUGUGUCCUUCAAUGUGCCUGGCGAACGAAGUCUGAAUCAAUUCUCACAACCAUAUUGAGAAGCUGGAGGUGCAUGCGCACAAAUUGCCACAAAUCAACUUUACAAACACAACAAACAACAUGAACGAGUGAAAAAAGCAAGAGCAAGUUAAACGAAAAAAAAAACAAAUGGGAGAAGCAAAUGGGAGAAACGAUUCAAACUACCAAGUCCAACUUUGAAGUCAUCAAAACAUGAGAGCAUGAGUAGAAAAACAACAGCAGGCAAUGCGACAGCAACAGCAGCAGAGCAGAGCAGAGCGUAAACGGUAACGGAAACGGAAAAGAGAACCAAGAACAUUUAGGAGCAGCAGAAGUCAGGAGCAUGGCGUGAACGAGACGGCGAUACACAGCACAGCGGAACGAAGGAAAUUAGUGUGUGAUCAUCAGUAGCAGAGAGAAGAAAUUGGGCAGAGAACAUGUGCGUGUGUGUGUGUAUGUGCGAGCUAGAGAGAACCUCAAUUGAUGGAUUGUGUGGCGACGUUUCUAAAACGCGCCCAAAGCAUAUGACCACCAUCAAGUCACCCACGGGCACCACCAACACGACCAGCAAAAUGCGCUCUCAAUAUACCUAUAAAUAUAAAUAGCGCUGUCGCUGGAGGAGGAGGAGGAGGAGGAGCAGGAGCAGAAUAAGGAGGAGGCUGUAUGCAAGGACAACAGCCAACAACUGGUUCCAACCUCUCCAUUAACCGAGGUCAAAGCGGCGAGGCGCGGCAAUUGAUAUGAGGAAAAGAAACAAUAAAAAAUACCUUAAUUUUCUUUUUGAGAAACUCCCAAACCCCACCACCAACAGCACCACUACCACCACCACAAUCCUCCAACCUCCAUGACACGAAUUUAACAGCUCCCAUUCUACCCAGUCAGUCCCCCCCAUCACCCUCUAAAUUCCCACUUAAUCCGUCAUCUUCAACUCUUGUUCCACCAAUGAAAAAACAUGUAUACAAA